CUUCAAAGCCAUAAACAGUCUCUCAUUUGACGACUUCUUCGACACCAAAACAACUCUUCAUUUCAUUCAAAACAAUGUCUUAUUUGAAGACAUUUCUGAGCCAUUCGUUCAGCAAAUUGGUUCCCAAGACAUACAUUUGUGGUGGAAGUGCCCGCCUGUUGAGUGAUGUCUCCUUCGUGCACCGCGAGACUGAUGUCGACUCCAAGAACUUUGAAUUCAAUGCCGACAACAAAAAAAGAGCGGAAGCGAUUGUCUCGAUAUAUCCGGAAGGGUUCAGAAGCGCUGCCGUAAUACCACUCCUGGAUUUGGCUCAAAGACAGUACGGAUGGUUGCCAUUGAAGGCCAUGAACUAUGUGGCAGACUAUCUGCAAAUGCCACGCAUGAGGGUCUAUGAAGUGUCCACUUUCUACACGAUGUUCAACAGACAACCCAUUGGCAAAUACCACGUCCAGGUGUGCACAACCACUCCCUGUAUGCUUAGAGGCGCUCAAGAAGUGUAUGAAUACACGAAAGAGUUGCUGAAAGACGAGAAAGACUUCACAGUUAUUGAAGUCGAGUGUUUGGGCGCCUGUGUUAACGCACCUAUGAUUCAGAUCAAUGAUGACUACUAUGAGGAUCUAACCAAUGAAGAUGUCAAACAAAUUAUCGCUGAUAUUAAAGCCGGCAAAAGACCAAAAGCCGGUCCCUCAGCCCAAAGUGGGCGACUGGCCUGUGAGCCCAAAGGAGGCCUCACUUCACUCACAUCACCCCCUCCUGGGCCGGGAUUUGGUUGUCGUUCUGAUCUCCAUUCGUUCAGCAAAUUGGUUCCCAAGACAUACAUUUGUGGUGGAAGUGCCCGCCUAUUGAGUGAUGUCUCCUUCGUGCACCGCGAGACUGAUGUCGACUCCAAGAACUUUGAAUUCAAUGCCGACAACAAAAAAAGAGCGGAAGCGAUUGUCUCGAUAUAUCCGGAAGGGUUCAGAAGCGCUGCCGUAAUACCACUCCUGGAUUUGGCUCAACGACAGUACGGAUGGUUGCCAUUGAAGGCCAUGAACUAUGUGGCAGACUAUCUGCAAAUGCCACGCAUGAGGGUCUAUGAAGUGUCCACUUUCUACACGAUGUUCAACAGACAACCGAUUGGCAAAUACCACGUCCAGGUGUGCACAACCACUCCCUGUAUGCUUAGAGGCGCUCAAGAAGUGUAUGAAUACACGAAAGAGUUGCUGAAAGAUGAGAAAGACUUCACAGUUAUUGAAGUCGAGUGUUUGGGCGCCUGUGUUAACGCACCUAUGAUUCAGAUCAAUGAUGACUACUAUGAGGAUCUAACCAAUGAAGAU